AUGGACUCACCGAGAACGUCCCAAGCCGACGACAAAAGUGCUCCCAUCAGUGAAGCAGAGAGAAAGAAGCUCCGUAAUCGGCUCUCUCAGCGGGCCUUUCGCCGAAGGCAAGCGGAAUGCAUCAGAGAGCUGCGUAACCGCGUCAAUGCCGAUCAAAGGCCUGAUAGCGAGCGGGUGGAGGCGCUGCAGAAGGAGAAUAAAAUUCUGAGACAGCAAUUGAUCGAUGUUCAGGCUAAGAUGUCAAAAGUCUUGGCUUCCGUUCAGCUACUAAGUGACUCUGUUACUAAGACGCUGGACGACACCAAGGACGGCAGCCAUUCACCGGAAGAAGCGGAUCUGGAAGGACAUGUGUUAGACCAGAAGAGGGACCAACAUGCGUCAAUUUCUUCAGUGAGUUCGUUGGAUCUGGACUCGUUUGAUCCAUCUAUACUUGAUUUCAAUGUGCCUUUUGCUUCAGCAGACGCUGCACAAUCAGCACCAGAGCCAGCAAAUGGUCUUACUUCGGAGCUCGUCAACGUCACAGGAACGAAUCCUUUAUACUCUCAGAUACCCAACAUAUGGAGCCACGAGUACCAGAUGGGCCUAGAGCCUUAUAUCACGGCCAUCAACGCAACGGAAGAAACAAAUCUUGUACUAGGCAAAGAUUAUGCAUUCACAAACUCUCCCUUUUCGGAUCAUAUACAGUUGCUUCAGAAAAUGUUGAAAUCUAAGCUCAACACUCUUGGUUUUGUUCCGGAGAGUCAUCAUCCGAUGCAAAGCGUUUACCAGCCAGUGUUGAUGGUUCUCUCCAUGUUCAAUAGCAUGACCCGUCCAGACGUGAUGGCCUGGUAUGCCAAGACACGUUUCUACCAUAUUAUCGAGCUCACCGCCUGGCAACUCUAUCCUUCGGCAGCAACGUACAACAAGCUCCAUCCUCGAUAUAGGCCUACCAAAGCACAGCUGGAAAACCCUCACCCCGGCAUUAUCGAUUGGAUACCAUUCCCUUCUAUACGAGAUCGGCUGAUUCAGCUACACUCAGCCAAUCCGCACAUUGACCAGAUUUUCUGCGAUGCGGUGACAGGCUACGUGGUAGAGGCGCUCAUGUCAGACCUAAUAUUGGGUGCCCCGCCAAUAACAGUCUACGUUCGUGUCACGGAUCUCAUCAACACAAUGUCUCGCUCUUCUGGGGACGAGUCUGUGUCUGCCCUUCUGCCAGCUCCGGAUAUCUCAACCCUGUUUUCUUCACCGGCAUACGCAAGAGCAGCGUUCAACAAACUGAAUAUGGACAAGGGAGCAGGAUAUUACAAGAUUGACCCCGCUUUCUUCGAAAAGUAUCCGGAGCUGUGGGAUCAAGCGGGAGACCUGACAGCGUCUGGGAUGCCUCUUAAGCCAAAGUAUCAAAAGAUACUUACGUACCCGAAACCUCUUGACCCAUCUACAGUGGAGACUUAUAGAAGCUUCAUCGACUUUUCUCUCGAUGCAUCUAGUACGAUUUCUAUGGGUCCCGCGGUAUGA